AUGAGUUGUUCAUUUUUGACCACCGUUUCACCUCCAUCUCACACCAUCUUCAGACCAAAUCAAAACCCUUCUCUUCAAAUCGGCUCACCUCGUACCAACAGUGUUGCGUUCAACAAAAGAAGAACAAAUUCGAACACAAUUAGGGCUCUGUUUUCAACCACUAAAGAAGCUGUCUUGGAGGAUUUUCGUCAUAAAAGGGUCCUCAAAAUUAUUUCAGGGCUACAGAAUUUGGACAGAGAUAAUGUAGCUGCUGUUGUUACUGCUGCAGAUAAGGGAGGAGCAACUCAUGUGGAUAUUGCCUGUGACCCUGACUUAGUGAAACUUGCUACUAGCUUAACAUCUCUUCCAAUUUGUGUUUCUUCUGUAGAUCCGGCAGCAUUUCCAGCUGCCGUAGAGGCAGGAGCCUUGAUGGUCGAGAUUGGAAACUACGACUCGUUCUAUGAACUCGGUUUGACUUUCUCGGCUGACCAAAUCAUUGGUAUGACUAAGGAGACAAAGAGAAUUCUUCCAUCUGUCUUGUUAUCAGUCACCGUACCUCAUACGCUAUGCCUUCCCGAUCAGGUCACGCUAGCCGAACAAUUGGAACAAGAAGGAGCGGAUAUAAUACAAACCGAAGGAGGAAAAUGCUCGACUCCUUCAAAAGCCGGUGUUCUUGGUCUGAUUGAAAAGGCUUCCCCUACGCUUGCAGCAGCAUACUCAAUCUCACGUGCAGUUAAAAUUCCAGUAAUGUGCUCGUCUGGACUAAGUUCAGUUACCGCACCUAUGGCUAUUACAGCAGGAGCUUCGGGCGUGGGUGUGGGUUCGGCUGUUAACAAGCUGAAUGAUGUUGUGGCCAUGAUUGCGGAGGUGAAGAGUAUAUCAGAAUCGUUGGCAUUAUCGACCGAUAGGGUACGAAUCGUACGAUGA